AUGUUUACAGCUUGGAAAAAUGGAACGUAUGUAGUCCAAGCUUCAUGCAGCUUCUUUAUCGGAUUAUUGCCUGAAUCAUCAGCUCUGGAACGAAGUAAUACCACUGCUUUGAAGUCUGAAUUUAAAAAACGAGUCCCUAGUGAUCCCAAUUUUGUGAACAAAGCUCGAGUAGGUGUAAAAUGCGAGACAUGGUUCCUUUACAAAGAUCAGAUCGAGGGUUUCCUGUUGCACGUCGACUCGCCUGCUUGGAAGCAAUGCUAUCUCUCCAUUUCACAAGUCGGGGAGCUGAAUGAAGCUUGGGCUUUAUUUUACUUCAAAAAUAAAUCGUUAGAGUUACUUGCAAUACAAAAGUUACAAUAUCUCUUGAGGGAUGAGCCUUGAUGUGAUUCUCCUGCUCUGACCUGCACAGCAUGCGAUGAACAGACAACAACGUUGCCAGCUCCAAAAACCUGCAGCUUUCAGAUUUACGACUACAACCCCGUUAUUUCUUCUACUUGUACAUGUCCAAAUUCAUCAUUUGCCUUAGUGUACAAGAACGAUACCGGGAAGAUCUAUUGCUACGAUCCUAGCCUUACAGAGGAAUGCGUUGAUGUGAACCCACCCGACGAUAUCUGUGACUCUGAACAAAAUGUCAGAUGUACAACGACAGUGGUGAAUGGUUCAAAUAAGAAUAUUGUAAAGCCUGCACCAACAACUCAACCUGCCACACAGCCGGAAAAGGUAGUACCUCCAGAAAAAUAUAAUGACCCAGCAAUAAAAGAGGAAAAGGAUUACCAAUAUCAAGGUAUUGGUUCCGCCGCAUCACUACACGGGGAAGGAGGGUUGUCUGAACACCGUGUCGAAGAUUGUAAUCCUUUCAUGCAUCGGGUUAAGCUUAUUGGUAGGAGUAUUAUCGAAUAUUGGGUUUCUGUGGAUUUCAUUAAGGGAGUGACGUCCCUGCCAAGGGAGAGGGAUGGAAAAUGUUUAUGGGAAAAAGCGAUGAAUAUA